UUAUUAUAUCUACUCUCAAGUAGGAAUCAAGAUGGCUGGCGUUGUGCUUGAAACUCUGAGCAAUAGAAAGCUGUUGAUUUUAAGUGUCUCGCUAGUUCUUAUCCUGGCAGUCUUCUUUUUGAUAGGAGGAUUAGUUGCUCCAGCUCCCAACAGUGUCAUUCCUUCCACAACGGUGAAAUGUGUUGACGCAGACAACAUCUGGCAAAAGGGAGAAAUGAAACCCUUUCUUCCUCGAGGCAAAGGCAAAUGUGAUUCUAUUGACCAUUUCUCGGAUCCGCGUGUGGCCCGAGAAGGCAUUGAUGCCAAUGAGAUUGUGUUUUCCCAAUGGAUGCCGCUGCCGAAAGAUGGAAAGCAGCUGGAUAUGUCUCGCUGGUUCCAGAACAUGGUCAGCGUCAUAGAACUGGAUCUGACAUACAACAGUCAGAAUAAAUAUCCUGAGGACAGAGAUGCACAUAUGGUCCUUGAAACAAGGGUAUUCUAUCGUAACAAGGAAGAUGACGUAAAGGACUGGAAGCUUUUGGCAGCUUCCACUGAGCACAGGACUCUGCAGUGUAGCAUUGAGAACGACAAUCGACAGGAUGGAAAGCGUUACCAGUGUGAUCUGCUUCCCUUCUUUGAACUGGGCACUGUGUUCUACGACUUCUACCUGAUCAACAUCCGGCUGCCCAUUGACAAGAGGACUGAUAUCAACAUCAUAGGACAGCUGGAUGAUCUCGCUGUGGUGGUUAUCUUCCAAAACGGUGGCUUCACUAAAGUCUGGUUCUCCAUCAAGACAGUCCUGUUCCCGGCAGUGGUGGCCGUGCUCCUUUGGUUUUGGCAGCGUGUCCUGACUGAAGGACGGGCUACCAAUCUGACAGAGAGAACACUUUUCUCCUUGGGAAUCAUCCUGUCCAUAAUGAAUUGCCCCAUUGAGUGGCUGACCUUGGUGGUCAGUAUGCCGUUCAUGACGUUACUCAACGACAUCCGAGACGGGGCCUUCUACGCCAUGCUCUUCUCCUUCUGGCUCAUCUUUGUGGGGGAACACAUGAUGGACCAAGUGGAAAGAAACCAGCUGAAGGCAUACUGGAAACAGCUGACUGUUGUUAUCCUGGCAUCUGCUGCUUGCUUCAUAUUUGACAUGUGUGAGAGAGGUGUGCAGCUGACCAAUCCAUUUUUCAGCAUCUGGUCGUCUGAAGUAGGGGCGAUUGCUGCUCUGGGCUUCAUCAUCGUGGCUGGCAUCUCAGCCUGUCUGUACUUCGUCUUCCUCUGCUACCUCGUCUUCCGAGUGUUCCGCAACAUCAGCAGCAAGCGUACGUCCCUUAUGCAGAUGAGCUCUGUCCGCAGGAAGUAUUACUCGGGUCUUAUCUACCGGUUCAAGUUCCUGAUGCUGGUCACCUUGCUCUGUGCAGCUCUGACGGUCAUCUCCUUCAUCAUCGGUCAGGUCAGCGAGGGCCAGUGGAAGUGGGGGGACGAGGACCUCAGCCUGGAGUACACCAGUGCUUUCCUCACUGGAACAUAUGGCAUGUGGAAUGUGUAUGUGAUCUCCCUGCUGUGUCUGUACGCUCCGUCGCACAAGAAGUAUGCUGCUGAUACUGUGGAUGAGACAGACACCAACAGCCGGGAAGAAGAAGUUCAGCUGACUCAGAUGGCAUCAGAGUCUUCCAACAUUGCGUCUUUCAUCUCAAAACAAGCCGCAGACUAAGCACAUUGCUGCCGCAUUCUGUGGCAUCUGUGGGUUAUUCCCAUUGAAAAAGCAUUUUACAGAAGGAGCAUUUUCUGGAGACUUUUUUAUUUCCAUGUGUAGAUUACUUUUGAGAAUUUUACUGCAUGUCUCAAACAGGGUUUAUUGAAACUUUUAACAGAGACUUUCACACAGAUUGAGGGUGUAAAGUUCAUGAAAAAGUAUUCUCACGUUGGAAAAAGACCCCAAACCCAACAAAAAAAACCCAACAUGUUUUACAAUAUGUCUCUCAGAUCCAGUCUUUGUAGAAAUACUCAUAUGGUUUGAGGAGCAGAGGAUGGAUGUUCACACUGAAGUCAAAGAUGGUACAAAUCAAAGACCGUGACUUGUAAGACAAAUUGUCGGUCAAUUUCAUGAGAUCACAUCUUUGGACAGUCCCACAGCAGUAGAGUGCACCACACAGCAGUCUCUUCAUUACAAGAGUAAUUCCACAGCUAGUUUCCUGUGAAAUUGGUAGCUCUUUCCUUGUUUUUAUUUCUCUCCGCUUUUAUGAAGGCGGCCAAAGUUUGUGAUCUGUCUUACAAAUCAUGGUCUUUGGUUGAAUGUGUUCUGUACAUAGGCCUUUUGUACUUACAAAUAUAUUACUCUUUUAGAACAUACAGGCCUUCACUUCGGCUUAGCCAGGGAUCAUUCUGUGUUGUGGUAUCUAGUAGUUUGUCUGUGUCAUGGUUGUAUGAGUUUUUACUGUUAGAUUUAAAUCCGUGUCUUCUUCUCUUGUACAGUAUAAACACAAAUGCCAAAACGUAUGAUAUUUAGUUGUUUUUUCAUUUGGCUUUGCUUUUCAUUUUGUCAUUCCAUAACUAUGUUUUGUUACAACAGGCACCAUUCUUUUCCAAUGGUGCUUUGGUCGCUUUCAUUUUUUUGUUUUUUCCACUUUAAAUUCUUCUAGUACAGACAUGAGCAAACUGUGAGCCAGAUCCGGUUCCCAGUAAAUAAUAAUGAAUGUGGUACAUUGUUAAAUUGAUAAUUAAUAAAAACAAAAACAGUCCAACUUCAAAAUUGAAUAUAAUAGUUUCUGUUACAGCCUGAAGCAGUAUGAAGCAAUAGUUCUGAUAUUUUAUCUCAUGAAAUGCCCUUGAGAUAUUUUAGAAGGCUUUUGAGAGCUUUGGUAUUCCAACCCAUCUCACCCUAUCUUCUCUUGCUUUGGCCUGUGGAAUUGUGGAAUCUCGCCCGCGGCUUGGACAUACUUACCGAUAUCUGUUCUUGUGGCUCUUGACUGCAGUACUGGUUAUUUGUCUUUUUUCUCUCAUCUUUGGUUCUCUCUUUUGUACUGAUGCCUACAGUCUUCCCAUUUUCUUCUUCUCUUCCCCACUCCCAAGUGGUUCAGUUGUCAGUCUUAUGAUAAAAAAAAAAUAGUGUUGAUUCUUGGCAUAGAACUGUGUAGUCAUAUAAACUUGACACAAGUUGUCCUCCUGCUCAUCAGGGUACAGAUUGGAUGCUGGCAUUACAUUCCUGAGGUUUAGAACCUGCGAUAGGCCAGCAUCUUGUUCAGGAAAUAGUCUCAAUGUCAUCUGUUCUACUUCUAUUUUCUUCUUUUCAUCUACCUCACUCUUCGAUGUUUUCAAGUUUCUGCUCCUCUCUCUACAGAUGUUUGUUUAUUAAUAAUUAAUACAAAAAUACAGGAAUAUUGCGGCUUGAGACCUCAUAGAACGUCUUGUCAGUCGUGGAUCGGACAAAAUAUACUUCAUCCUUGGUGAAACACCAUAGACGUUGAAAGAAAAAAGCAGGCACUCUGUUAAAGGAAAAAUACUUUUAGAGAAAAAAAAAUGACGUUGACCCAAGACAAGAGACAUGCCUUUAGGAAGUUGUGAAUUUUUUUACUCACUUGACAUAGUGUAGAGGGUAACUGUGACCUGGUCCCCUUGAAUCCUUACUGUACUGCAAUUGUUGGAGUCCAAUGUCUUGCCAUUUCUUUACACAUUACCAUGUCCCAUCUUGUGAUUGUAUUCAUGAUUCCCACUCCAGAAUCACACAAUUAGUAGUGCAGUGGGGGGAAAGAUAGUGGCAGGCAGAGGAGGAAGAAGACGUGUCAGUUGAACUGUCAAUCUUUUACAAUAUUCUUGACCGUAUUUGUUUUUUGUCUGUUUCUUUUUCUUCUGAUUUCAUGUCUUUUCCUUGUUUCUACUUUCAGAAACAUGUUUACUUUUUGUUGUCUAACAGGGUACACUUUUAUUUCUGUUAAUAUUUUUUCGCUACGAAGAAAAUUGAAAACAUUGGAUGUAAUGCCAUAUUCUGUAAACAGAACUUAUGACUUUAAUUUUGAUGAUCUUUGUAUGAAAGAUAUAUAAGGGAUAAUGAUGAGGGGAGCUUAUUAAUCCAUUUACAAAGAUAUUUCUAUUAUUUUCUAUACAACCACUGCUGCUAUCUCAGAUGCUGUUUGUAAAUGUUCAUAUUGUGAACAAACAGACUUCAGAGUUGUACCAUGUGAAAGAAGCAAGACCGUUUGUCAAGUAUUAAAUAUUUAAAAAGC